AUGUCACAAAGUAUACCUGAUGUCGCGUCGCUUCCUCAGCUCGAAAACCCGCUCGAAAACGCCAAGAGAGCAGCAUCGUACAGGGCCGUUGACGAGAACUUGAAGUUCAAAGAGCACAAGGUCAUCGGUGUUGGUUCUGGUUCGACGGUCGUUUACAUCGCUGAAAGAUUGGGCCAGUACUUGAAGGACCCGGAAUACACGGAGUACGUGUCCAAGUUUGUGUGCAUCCCCACCGGGUUUCAGUCUCAGGAUUUGAUCUUGAAGAACGGUCUGCAACUGAGCUCAAUAGAGCAACACCCAAAGAUCGACAUUGCGUUCGACGGUGCCGAUGAGGUGGACGUUAACAUGCAGCUGAUCAAAGGCGGUGGUGCGUGUCUGUUCCAAGAGAAACUGGUGAGCACCAGUGCAGACAUAUUCAUUGUUGUUGCAGACAGCAGGAAGAGAUCGUCCAAGUAUUUGGGGGAAGGUUGGAGGCAAGGUGUGCCCAUCGAGGUGGUGCCAUCCGCUUAUGUCCGCGUGUUGCACGAUUUGAAGGAGGGAUUGGGGGCCGUGUCCGCCAACAUUAGAGAAGGUGGGAAGUCGAAAGCUGGGCCAGUAGUCACGGACAACAAUAAUUUCAUCAUCGACGCCGAUUUCGGCGAGAUAGAGAACCCGUAUGAGCUGCACAAACAGAUCAAAUUGCUCGUUGGUGUCGUUGAAACCGGGUUGUUCGUUGACAACGCAGUCAAGGCGUACUUCGGGAACCCUGAUGGUACCGUGGCAACCAUGUCAAAAUGA